AGAGCGUUUUGAAGCUCCAUGCCAUGCUGCUCCUGCACAGCAUACAUUGCUGUGCCCGAUAGCAAUGGUGUCAAAUAAUGAGUCGAAUUAUUUCCCCCCGUUGGAGGAAUGUUUAUCCAACAAACAGCUCCUCAUCUCCUGGGGGGCAGCAUACUCGUGCCUCUUGCACCUUGAUAAAUUUGGGACAUCGGAUUCCCAUUUAGAGAGCUUCUUUAGUGACACGCAGGUUCAAAAAUUGCUGUCGCGACCUUUUCACCCAUUUUCAUUCUCGCAAUCCAACACCAAAGCUGCCUUCGAAACCAAAACAGCUGCUAUCAAUGUUGCUCCGACUAGCAAUUGCGAAUACGAUAUCAACAAAAUAAAAGAGGAUGCGCUGUGGCUCAGUAAAGAGGUUCAGGUCGAUGAGGUUUCAGCGUUGAGGACUAUCGUUUUGGAAUACCAAUCCCGGGCAGCUGCGCAACUCAAAAGCGAAUUCUCGAAUGAAGAAGCCGUCAGCCUCAAGACAGCUGCUGGGAAUAUCAAUACCGAGUCUUCGAAUCUUCUAUCUCUUGCUCUCAGCGCGGCGAAGAAUGCUGCGGGCGGAAAUAAAUCAGAUUCGGAAGAGGAUAGACGACUUCGCGCCGUUCAGUUAUAUCUUACGGAACGCCAGAGUAUUCUAGCGUGCAGCAAAUUGAUUUUUCAUGUCGGCUUCCGCACGUUUGAAUCGAAAGGCAAGGGCCUUAACGCUGAGACGACAUGGAUAGACCGCGUGGCAGAAGCCUUUGUCACAUCACAGGAGCAGAACCCGGAAAGGUUCUUGCAUUACUGCAUUACAUCCCUGAAGGCAAAUUUUGAUACCCUGAAUGAUGGAAGCGGGUGGUUCAAAUGCGAGGGUGGCCGACCUAACUUCGAAUCUGAGUGGCUCCAAGGUCGAGUUAUUGAGGCAGUGCACUCCCUGGAGAUCUCUCUGUUGAUCCUGGACUAUCGGAAAGACACUCGUUCAGGUGCAAAUGUGCUCGAAUGGUUUCAAUUCAUGUCUGCUUAUGGCUUUUUUGAAAACUUUAGCCACCCCGAUCCGUCGCUACUCACCCUUACGUCCUCUAUCCAGUCGCUUGUAUCGGUAGUAUCGCUAUCAAUGCUUGAUUGCCAAAAUACAGUAUUGCAGAUUUAUGACGAAAGCCAAAACGAGGCCCCGGAGACCGAAGAUGGCACGCCAUCAUAUAUUACGGACCUCCAGACUAUCCUCAAAAUACACGAGGUAAUUUCCAUGGCUGCAUUCAAUGUGUCCACUAUCGCUAGUCCAGCAAUUCUCGCAUGGGCGCUUAUUUUAUUUGCCAUGGAAGACUUGACAAGAAAGAAGGAGGAAGCUCGAUCCCGCGCCCUUGAGGCUACGGAGGAUGACGACGAAAACUAUGGGUUAAAUUCAUCAACUGGACCGAGCGCGACAGCUGAUACUGGAAUUUUCGCGGAAGUGAUAGCUACUAUCAUGACCGGACAUGAAAAAGAAAGCCCUAUACACUACUUGGCAGUCUGUGCGGUAGACCAGAUCAAAGUUUUUAGUGUAUUAUCAAUGCUGGCAACCACGUUUGGCGCGAGCUCUGGGCAGGACCUGGCGGACAUUUUUGACUCAAGGAUACGGAUUAUUAUCUUAGACGUUAUUCGAUGCACUACACCCCUGGUCCAAUACGGCGAGGAAGUUGUAUCUGCAGCAUUGUCGUGCCUGACGGGCGCCACUGAUUAUUGGAACCAGAACACGUUUCACUCUGCUCGGAUUGACGAAAAUCCCGUCACAUAUUUUAUGCAGGAUGAUUACCUCGUUGAAAGGUUCCUAUCUGCAGCAGCGUCGAGAUACCCUUACGAAAGCCUUCCAUUCUUGAGGUUUAUCCGUGCAAUUUCAAGCUGCGAGUACGAGGCAGAUGAUGGCACGCCUGCUGCCGUCCAGUCUCUCGACAAUCUCACAUGUUUUAUGUUUGCUUUACCACACGACUUCCGAGACUACCAGACCACACAGGAGGAAGAGAAUUUGAAUAUUGUCGAACUAACAGACAAUGUAAUGCUAUUCAAGCCUCGUGCGAACUUAAGCUUGAUGUACAGACGAACUGGCUCGGGGGGCGUUUCAACUGGCAUAGAACAAAUUACGAACGAAUUUUGCAUUCCAGCUGGCACCCAAGGACGCAUUGUUUCAGAACGCAAUCCUAGGGUUGCUGUGUGGUUCUACGAGUACUCAGGUCUGAAAUACUUGGGAAAAUUGCUCGAGGCUGGGAUGGGUGCUGGAGAAUAUGUCGACGCCAUCAAAGACCAGCUUGCCUCUCAAGAAGACCUUGUUGAGAUUGUUUCGAUUUUGGCCACUCUUGUCAGAACAAGCAUCCGGAUAAACGAGUCGAAUGGCGGGACAGGUGACUCGAACGGGGCAGCCCAUCGGAUACUUGAGCAAGCCAGUGACGGCCUCGACCGCAACCGCGAUAUUGUGUUGGUUGUCUUCUCAAUUUUCGAAGAGGAGCUGGAACGACAAGCCGGCGGGUCAGCUUCCGAAGCAAACCUUGAUCUUCUCAAUGCCUGCGUCCAAUUCAUUCACGCGUUGGUACCUGUUCUUCCAGGAAGGGUGUGGCCUUUGAUCGCUCGCUCAGGUUUGCUUGACCAAGAAGGCCGUAGUGGUCGUCUUACGACCAUACUGUCUGGCAUCGAAUUUGUAAACGCAAAGUUUGACUUCUUACUAUCGUCAGUCCAUCUCUUUGGAGUGUUAGUUGAAGACUUGGUCACACACGCUGUCCUCCGGAAAGGCGGCUUGAAAUCUACUACACAGACUGGCAAUACCGAUGAUUUAGGAACUGGUGUCCCAGAUCAUGUUCUUUCAAAGGUCACCACAUCGUAUACCAAGACUCUUCUUGGGGUGUUUGAAAGUGCUUGCAAUUGGCGUUAUGCGAUCCCCGAGCAACGCCUCUUACUGUCGAAACAUAUUUCAUCUAUAUUCGAUGAGUUGCUGCAUUACAACUAUGGCAUUGGAGAGGAUCCAUCUUCUGGUUCAAACCUUGCAUCGUCACUGGGCCCCGCAGCAAGCCAAGUUGUGGAAACCUUUCUAUCGCCAACAUCGGGUCUUCUCCGGUUCCAAUCUUUAUUCAGAGGUUUUCUGGACGGAUUCGCAACUCCAGAGUCGACGGUCCGGAACCAAUAUUGUAUACUAUGGAUUGCACAAGUAAAGUCGAUCCUCGGCUUCACGAAGACCUUGAUAAAAGUCGGCACGCUACUUGAACGAUCAGGUUCGCAGUUAGAAGGCCAACUUUUCAAAGUUUCACCGCUCAUUGCCAGGCUUUACGCUGUUAAUUGGGCCUAUCGACUGCCUGUUACAACUCUACUCAAGGAACUUGUAAUUAUUGCAUCUGCAAACACAGGAGAGCCGCCUUCGUUACUUGCUCACCUUGGACAAGAAACAUCAAAAAACUUCCUUCACAUGCUAUUGCAGUUAGGAAAGCCACUAAACAGCGAUGACCACGUUAUUCCGAUAUGGAACUUGCUGUCUGCUGUUGUUAGCAACCGCCAGCAGUGGUUUGCCAUUUAUCUUCUUACGGGCAAAAAUCCCCGUGAUAACUUGAAAGGGAACGCAAAUGGCACAGCCACGAAUUCGAAAUCUCUGAUAAGCAUUGCCUUAGGGGAGCUAUCAAACAUCAAACAAAUUCCCAUGCCGCGAGCUCUGGCUAUUCUACAAUUUAUUUCUCUGGCUCAGAAUUACUGGCCAUGGGCUAUGAAAGACGCUCUGAAGAAUUCAGACUUCAACACAGCGUUGCUGGAUCAUGUUAGUGGCUUCGAGGCACUGGCUGCAUCUGCAAGCACCGAUCGCUCGAUCGAGGGCGCAUUCCAGGCACGUAUGGCUGCAUAUGUCGCUGAAAUUUUAGCCAUGCACCUCUAUCAUUCGCGGCAGUUGAGAAAUAUUGCCCCUGUCAAAGAUAUACUCCCCAAACUGAAAUAUUUCAUACGAUGCGGAGUUGCAGCGCCAGCUUAUAAUGCCUCACUUCAGACCAAUCUUAAGAGGAACUUGGAAGCUCGUUAUCCUGGCUGCAACCUGCAGAGCUUCAAGUUUACCCAACUACAAAUCCAAACGCUUGGAAAAGACUAUUUUUACAACAUAGAACUGGCUAACAAGAUGUUAUGUUUCCACCAGGCGUGGAAGGGCAAGAAGGGUGACGGCAUUAUUCAAGAGCUGAUAAAGGCCAAUGUCAACCUAUCCGUGGUUGAUGCGCAAAUAUCUCUUCUUCGUGGUUGGGAAAUGCUUGCCAUUGAGCUGAGCCACAACCUUGGUGGAACAGCAGAUAUUGGUCCAUCAGUCGCCACGAUCUCGUGUGAAAUUGCUCGGGACUGUCUGAUAUCCAAUACUAGGAGUCAGCCUCCGGAGGCUAUAUUCUCGCGAAUUAACCAGACCCGGGCAGACUUUGCGUUGACCUUGCUACAGAAGCUGCUGCAGACAAACCCAGAUACACCAAUGUUGAAGGAGCUUCUUCCAAUUGCUUGGAGGGCCAUUGGCGACUUGCAAACAACCUUUGAAUUGGCCCUGUCGGAUGGACCGGAAGCCGCUCAGUAUUAUAGGACGUUGCUAAAGGUGCUUUUCCUGUUAUUACGAAUCCACACACGGGAGGACACGACAGAUCAGCAAUUCCGUUCGUCGCUGAAUGCCAUUCCCGCAGCCGCCCAAGCAAACCUAACUAUAGCCUUGGACAUACUCGAUAAUAUUGUUGGGCAAGGCUUCCGAGACCUAGCGACGGCCCUCCACCAGCAAUCCGGCUCAAUCAUGCCUGAUGAUAUCGCCAUAAUCACCGCCAUCCUGCAAAACUGCCUCCUCAUGCCCGGCAUGGAGGUCCGAACAGUCGAGGUACAAGCCAUUCUCUCCAAGCACGGCACAGCCCGCAUGGCCACCGCCCUCUUCUCCUGGGCAGACAAACUGGCCAUCGACGGUGACCCAGUUUACGGCGAGCUCAGCAUCCUCUUCCUCCUUGAGCUCUCCACCAUCCCUGAGAUCGCCGAGCAGCUCGCCGUCGAAGGCGUCCUAGGCCUCCUCUCCUCCGCCCCUCUCACAGUAUACAUGCGCCGCGCUAACGUCGGGCCCUUUGCCGAUUCCGCGGGUGCGAUACGCUGUUACAGCAUCUGGGCACGCGGUAUUCUGCCACUCCUUCUGCAUCUGCUCGCGCGCCUCGAGACUAGUAUCGCGGCUGAGGUUGCGGUUUUCCUGAGCCAGUUCCCAAAUCUGCUGGAGCAGGCGGAGCACUCGCUCGAUUCGAGCGAUGACGAGCGACGACCUGGCAGGCCGAGGAGAGAGACUCGCGUGGCGCUGUUAACAGUGUCCGAGGCGCAUUCGCUGGCACUGCUGACGAUGAUAUUGAAUAGCUGCCGCGGUCAAGUGUCGGGCGUCUUGCCGAUACCGUGGGAUGCUACUACGGUGCUGGAGAGCGUCGAGUAUUGGUUGAGCAGCAGGGUAUUGCUGAGCCAGCGGAUUGUGCCGCUGGGCUUGACGGAGUCGGAGCUGGAGAGGACGGGGAAGCUGGAGGAGAAGGUCGUGGAUGAACUGCUGGGGCUGAAGGAUGUGUUGACGCAACUUAAUGAGGGUUGAUAGGGAGGAUUAUGGGGGAAUUGGUUGGCGUGGGGUUGGAAAAUAUCUGUGAGAUACAGUGGUGUUUUUAUAUCGUGCGUAAAGAAUGUUGCGUAACGGACCAGGCGGGGUCAUCUGGGAGUUGUGGUGCAUCAUCUUCAUAGUUUGUACACGCAUAUUAAGUUUAUUGAUGAUAUAUGUGUUUUUAUAUCCGUACA